CAGGUAAACUUGUUCACGACUUAUUCUGACUUUAAAAGUUUAUUCCUGCUAAAUAUUCAAUAUUUGAGCUGCUGUAAGGCUAACCCGCUAACAACCCUUGUCAACCGUUAACCGACAAAAUCUCCGCAUCGGCACAACAGAUCAGUCCAGAGACAUGUCACGCCAGAUGGGAGACAGCCAUCGACGGUUCCUACAGACCAUGAUGGCCAAUGGCAUUGUUGAUGAACAAGGGGCAAAGGCACUCUAUCAAUAUUGUUGUGAAACACACAACACACAGCACAUCCCUGACAAACUGGAUGAUUUCAUCGAUACCAUCAACUCAAAGCUGCAGCCCAUGUUCAUGCAGAUUAGAAAAGGGAUGUCUGAAGACAGCGGUCACCAGUAUUACGCCUUGGUGAACAUGGCUGAGACUGAUGUCACCAGGAUGUCGUCAGAUUAUGCUGACAAUGAGUUGGAGCUGUUCAGGAAAACUAUGGACCUGAUCGUGGGCUCUGAGGAUGGCAAGGCCUCCUCUACUGAUAUUCUGAACAGUGCCGACACCCUGACCACCAAAAAGCUGAAGAAGAGCGAGACAGAGCACCUGUUGACCCGACUCGUGCAUGACAAGUGGCUCAAUGAGAAACGGGGUGAAUACACUUUGUCCACCAGAUGUAUCAUAGAGAUGGAGCCAUACAUGCGUGCAAUGUAUCAGGACCAGGUCAAAGUGUGCCACAUCUGUCACAACUUCGCUUUCCAGUGUCAAAUUUGUGAGAAUUCUUUAUGUGGCAUUAAGAUACACAACCCAUGUGUGGCCAGAUACUUUAAAGGAAAAGCAGAGCCGCGGUGUCCAGCUUGUGAUGACUUUUGGCCACAUGAAAUCCCUGAAGUCAGACGGCCCCGUUCUCAGUCCAGAAGAUGAGGACUUCAGCAUCAAUUUUUCUUGUUUGUUUGUUAAAAUUUUUUCAACAUGAUUUUGUACUACACCAGACUGUUAAUAUAAAAAUUAAAGUUAUUUUUACAAAAAUAAAUGUUAUUUGUUUGUUUAAAUAUUUAUUUACAGUCACCAUCAGAAAGAAAACCCAAUGCAUUCUUAUUUUGUGCUAAUUUGGUACACAAUAUAUCUGCAUCUGUUUGUUUCCAUCAUUUGAUGUUUCAUUGCAGUCAUUUUCCCUUCACAUUGUUCACUCCUAUGUGCUAUUUUAGGAUUGGUUAUUAAGAACAUAAUAAAGCUUCUCAAAUGUUA